GUUGACGAGCAGCUCUCUCCUCCGGGCCGUCACGGCCGUCCUCGGGACCGACCCCUGUGUGUUCCGUUUUAACGUGCUCACUUUGUGGCGGCGAUGGCCGACAGCGAGUUCGAAGAGUUUCGUCACUACUUCGAAAGACUGCCCCAGCAUCUGAAAGCGCCGCUCUCCAACUACACGCUCGUGCACGAUGUGACAAUCGACGAUUCGCCGACGUCCUCGCAAGGAAGCGAUGGAGAGGUCGGCAGAACUUGCGAGGCCGUCGUCGGCGACUCCGAAGACGAGGAGGUUGUUGUCAUUCAUCGACACAACAACCAAAGCGGACACACCACCCCCGAUGACAGCGAAGAAUUGGAUCAUCACUGUUCGAUCAUAGCCGACAGCGACUUCAGAAUCAAAAAGAAGCACGAUGGACGAGAUAGAUUAGCUCACUAUCGACUACCCUUGGAUGACAUUAGCUUGUUCGGUGGACUGAGCAGCAGGGGUCGAUCGGUAGGCGACGGUGGACCAGGACCGGGCGGGGGCGGCACCUCCGGUAACGGGGGCCGGGACAGCGUCGUCAGCGACGUCGGCGACUCUUGUUCCAGUUUGAGCUCUUGGCCUACGCCGGAGCACGUGCCGGCCAAUCGACCUGGAAGCGGCGAGCGCAAGCGCCGGAGAUUGCCAGAAAUUCCGAAAAAGAAAUCUCUGCCCAUGUGCCAGACGUCUAUGCAAACGUCGUCCUCGCUGGCGGACGAGUUGAGCGCAGCCACCGGCUCGACUUCGACUCGGCCCCAUCUUGUUCUAAGGAAGUGUCACCCCAGACUCCGCCACGAGGACAGUUCCCCCGACAGCGAGAGGAUGGCCACCGACAGCGGCCAUUCUACCGCUCAUUCACCGGAAAACGGUCCGAAGAGCGUGUCGCCCAUACCGUCGUGCAAUACUUUGCAGAACACAGACUCGGUGUCACCCAGUAGCACACCAGGAAGCGGAGGCGUGCCGUUCACUCAGCUGGAGCUGCUCGAGGCUACCCAUCGAGGUCUCCACAAGUUCAUACCGCGACAUCACGACGAAAUUGAUCUUGAAAUCGGAGACCCCAUAUACGUGCAAAAGGAAGCCGACGACCUCUGGUGCGAAGGUGUGAAUUUGAGGACGGGUAGGCAAGGUAUCUUUCCGUCGGCUUACGCGGUCGACAUGGACUACAGUGACUUCGAUCCCACCGCGCCUAAAGUCAAGAGGGAGAGAUAUCUUCUCGGUUAUCUAGGUUCGGUAGAAACUCACGCGCACAAAGGCACGGGAGUAGUUUGCCAAGCUGUGCGGAGAAUCCUUCGCAACUCCACGCAGGAUCCUCCCAUUUCGCAGAGCUGCAUUCUGGAAGUGUCCGAUCAGGGUCUCCGAAUGGUUGACAGAAGUAAACCACGGAAAAGUCAGGGUCCUUGUCACGACUAUUUCUACUCGCUGAAGAAUGUGUCAUUUUGCGCGUUUCACCCUCGUGACCAUCGCUACCUUGGCUUUAUCACGAAGCACCCAACUCUGCAAAGGUUCGCUUGUCACGUGUUUAUCGGUCAGGAAUCCACGAGACCCGUUGCCGAAGCUGUCGGACGCGCUUUUCAUCGAUUCUAUACGAAAUUCAUCGAAACUGCUUUUCCGAUAGAGGACAUCUACAUUGAAUAAAGUGCUCUCGGUGACAAACGGCUGCGAAAGAAAAUGAAUGAAUCUCCAAUUCCCCUCGUUGUGUCCCCUGUAUAUACAGCCCGCUAGUUGUAGAUAUAAACUAAUAAACGCGAAUCAAACAUCUAAUUUAUAUAUGUAUAACUGAACAUAUGUAUAUCAAUAUGUACCAAGCGUUUUUAUUUUGGAAAACGUAACGACACAGGCUCUCAAUUCUUUGUUACUGAUUUAUUUUUUUUUUGUCUAUUUGUCUCUUGCUAUUGCUUUUCUAUUACGUGCAUGUGACUUUUAUUCCACAUAAUAUUGUAUGUGAAACAGAAAAAGCAAAGAAAGAAAGAGGUUUUUUGAAUAAUAAAACUAAUUUUAAUUUGUUGUGACAAAAACAAUCUUUUUAUCAGUGUGACGAACAUUUUUUUUUUUUUUUAUGUUCAUUGCUGGAACGUUUCUAUCACUGAAGUAGUAGUGAAAAAAUCGACUGAGUAGACAAAUAUGCGGACGCUUUGACAGUAGCUGGGAAUUGAUCUGUUUUUUUCAAACGCGAACAUUUAUUUAAUUCACAGUUUGAAAAACAGAUCGAAUGUUGUAAAUUAUUUUAACCGUUUAACCGCCAAUGUUCCUAAAUGAAAAUAUCACGUUUCAUAUAAAUUAAAUAUUCUUAUUUUUUAUGCUACAUUAAUUGAGUAAAAUAUAUAUACAUAU